AUGGCGGGGCUGCUGCCGGCGCUGGUGGCGGUGUCGCAGAAGGCGGCCGAGGUGGCGCGGCGCUGCCGGGCCGAGGACACCGAGAAGUCGGGCCCGGAGCGCAGCGCCCGCUUCGAGCGCGACUUCAAGACCCUGGCGGAUGUGCUGAUCCAGGAGCUCAUCAAACACGACCUGGGGACACAGUUCCCCGAGCUCCGGGGACACAUCCACGGCGAGGAGAGCAGCGAGUUCAGGGACGCCAACGGUGGCACGGUGACAAUCCAGGUCGGUGCCACCCCGGCGGACACGGUGGCCCUGCUGGUGGCCGUGCUGGGCCCCGAGCACACGCGGGCGGCCGAGCUGCUGGCAGAGGCCGUGCACCAGGAGGUGACACUUGGGGACACGGAGCUGGAUGGCAUCGACCCCGGCUUGUCCCCAGGGGACCUCGGGAUCUGGAUAGACCCCAUUGACUCCACCAACGAGUUCAUCGGGGGCCGCGAGGACGUGGCUGCCGUCGAUGGCGUCGCCCCCGGGGGGCUGCGCUCGGCCCUGGUGCUCGUGGGGGCCUUCGAGCGCCGCAGCGGGGUCCCCGUGCUGGGGGUCAUCAACGAGCCCUUCUUCCAGAGGGACCCCCAGACACACAGGUGGCAGGGUCGCUACCACUGGGGGGUGGCUCACGGUGCCAGCCUGUGCUCGCUGUCCCCGCCCGUGCCCCGCGCCCGUCCCCGCGUGGUGCUGAGCCGGGCCGAGAGCGCGGCGGUUCGGGGGGCUCUGGCCUCGCUGGGGGGGGGUCCCCCGGUUCUGGCGGCCGGGGCCGGCUACAAGCUGCUCUGCGUGGCGCUGGGGCUGGCGGACGCCUUCGUGCUGUCGCAGGGCACGACGUUCGCGUGGGACUCGUGCGCCCCGCACGCCGUGCUCCGGGCCCUGGGCGGGGCCGUGCUGCCCCUGGCGGGGGCGCUGCGGGCGGGGGGCGGCCCCGGGGACCCCCCCGAGCUGCGCUACCACCGGCCCGGCCCGGGCACCGGGCCCGAGCGCUGGGCGAACCGGGACGGGCUGGUGGCGUUCGUGCACCCGCCGGUGCUGCGGGCGGUGCUGGCGGCGCUGCGGGGGCUGGGGGAGCUGGGGGGGGUGACAGGGACCCCCGAGUGUGGGGUCAGGGGGUGA